AUGUGUUUUUUAGCAUAUUGUGAUAUUCUUCCAAUACCUCGAAAUAAUUGGAUUCCACCUGAACGAUAUAUAGAAAGUGAUAUUGUAUUUAUUAUUUAUACAGGUGCUUCCUUUUAUCAAAAUCGUGCAAUAGCAACUCGAGAUACAUGGUUAUCACGUGUUACACAUAAAUAUUUUUUUAGUUCAACACCAUAUCCAUCAUUACCUGUCACUGUUAUUGAAGGAGCAGGAGAAAAUUAUGUGUCUAAUAUGAAAAAGUUAUAUCAAGGCAUGAAAAUAGCUUAUCAAGAACAUAAUCAAACAGCAAAAUUUUAUUUUCUAGCAGGUUGUGAUACAUUUGUAAAUGUUCCACAUUUACUCAAACGUCUUGAUCACUUUAAUCAUACUAAACCUCUUGUUAUUGGUGGUCAUCCUUUCGAUCAUUCAUGUUUCAAAAACAAAAAUCAAACGAUUGCAGGCGUAACAUAUCCAUCAGGUGGUGCUGGUUUUUUUCUUAGUUCUGCUUUGAUGGAAAUGAUGUAUCCAAAAAUAGAUUCAUUUUUUCAAGAUCAUUGGCCAAUAGAGAAAGUACCUUAUAGUGAUGUGGCUCUUAACUGUCUUGCAGCAUCACUAGGUGUUCGACCUUCGUUUGUUCCAGGAUUUUGGGCUUUUACUCCACAAGAAACAGUAAAACGUGAUGGACUAUCAAAGUUACGUGCUGAUCCUGAACCAAAUACAUUUCAUUAUGUACCACCAAUAUCAAUGUAUAUUCUCGAUGAAUUCUAUGUUUUUCAACAUAUUGAUCGAUUAGCAAAUGAUAAUAAUAUAAAUGAACUUGUAAAAUUUACUCGACAAUUUGUUGCUGCACAUUAUGAAUUAUUACGUAUUAAACAAAAUGAAUGUACAUUACCACCAGUGAAAUCAACAUAA